AUGCUUUAUUAGAUAUAUCUUUGAACGUUUUGUUUUGAAUACUCGUUUUAGAAGUAAACUUAUUAUUGUGUUGAUUUUGAUAUUGGUUUUUAAUAUAAAUACAGAUAUGACAUGUAUUAUAAAAAGUUGCACCAAUUGAUACUUGAAAUGGUAUUAGUCUAGCAGCUCUGAUGGAUAAGAAGGGAAACGGAUACCUCCUAAUGACAACGUUAAAUAUAAGGUUGGUAUUAAGGAAGAAAUUAGGAAGGACAAUAGCGCCAUCUACAUCGUUCCGACGAGCAAGCGUGGCUAAUCAAAGCACCAAAAGGUAAGCCGUAAGGGCUGUUUAUUUUUGGGUUUACUUUGGGCCGUUCGGUCCUAGAAAGCUUUUUUCGAGUAAUGUGCUUCCUGGUCGUGUCGGAUCAUACGUUGUACUUGAAAAUCAGUUGACGAAGCAGCGAUGACCACGCCAAUAAAAAUGAGCAGCUCCGAGGAGGUAUCUUGGAUAUCAUGGUUCUGUGGCCUCAGAGGCAAUGAGUUUUUCUGUGAGGUCGACGAAGACUAUAUUCAGGACAAAUUUAAUUUAACAGGGUUGAACGAACAAGUGCCACAUUACCGACAAGCAUUAGAUAUGAUAUUAGAUCUCGAGCCUCUAGAUGACGAUUUAGAUGACAAUCCAAAUCAAUCAGAUUUGAUCGAACAAGCUGCAGAAAUGCUUUAUGGUCUUAUUCAUGCACGUUACAUCCUUACAAAUCGAGGAAUUGCUCAAAUGAUCGAAAAGUAUCAGUCUGGUGAUUUUGGUCAUUGUCCACGUGUAUAUUGCGAGUCUCAACCUAUGUUACCUCUGGGUCUGAGUGACGUUCCAGGAGAAGCGAUGGUUAAGAGUUAUUGUCCCAAGUGUAUGGAUGUCUAUACACCUAAAAGUUCUAGACACCAUCAUACCGAUGGUGCAUAUUUUGGUACAGGAUUUCCACACAUGUUGUUCAUGGUUCAUCCAGAGUACAGACCAAAACGUGCAACAAAUCAAUUUGUACCUAGGUUAUAUGGCUUUAAAAUUCAUCCAUUGGCAUAUCAGAUGCAGCAACAAUCUGCAUCAACCUUCAAAGCGCCACCAUUACGAACUCUUAAUUACAAUAAUGGGAAACGCUAAAAACACUUUGACAUACUUUAGAUCAUUUUUCAUUACUCAUAAUGCAAUUCCUAAUUUUGUCCCUGCGAUUUAAAUAAAAUAUUAUUUUUUAUAUCUCUCUUCACAUACAUCUGUGCAACAUGUUGCGAUAAAGGCUGUUUCUUAAUCUUUCGAACUGUACGAUACAGAAACCUCCCAAAGCUUUCCGAGUUUACCUAUAAAGAAGUAUUUAUGUAUUGAAAAAGAGCUAGAGGGAAAAGAGAGAGAGGGAGGGAGAGAGAGAGAGAGAGAGAGAGAGAGAGAGAGAAAGAGAGAAUGAGAGAAAGAAAAAGAGAACAAGUGAAAGAGAGAAUGAGACAAUAGAGCAAUCUAUCAAUCAUAGAAUUGAUACGAGAAGGGAGGAUAUUGGCAUUUUUAUUUCAUUUAUCAACUGACUAUUUAUGUUGUGAUACAAAAAAUCAUAUUUAUAUGCGAGAAAAGGGAUAAAACAUACUUAGGAUAAUUGCUAGAUUAUAAGAAGGAAGAUAAGAAAUAUGGAUAGAAUGUAAUUGUUCGUAUGAGUCCCAUUGUAUAACUAUGACUGCUGCCAGGUAGUUCCUAUGUAUGACCUUACGAAGGUCGACCAUUACUUGAGGAGCAUUGUUGGCAUCAAUAUCACAUCGAGUAAAUGCAUAAAAGAAUUUGUUAGUCAUACUUUCAUUUAAUUUUCGAAUAAAUAAAACAAUGAAACAUAAUGAAAA